UUUUGUUUGAAUGAAUCAUGUUAAGCGUGUAGUUCCUUUACCGACCGACAGGCCGCGCUGUCCCGCCCACUCACGGUGCCUCCGGUACUGAACCGGUCAGAGGGCAGGAGUCACAAGGACUUGGGGGUUCUGAAAAGGAAUGUUAAAUGUCCGAGGACAAGGAAGCCCAGGAGGAUGAGCUGCUUGCUUUAGCGAGUAUCUAUGAUGAUGAAGAAGAGUUCCGCCAGGCGGAGUCGGCUCAGGGCGGAGAGAUCCAACUCUGUCUGGAGCUCCCUCCGGAUUUCAAAGUAGUAGUCAAAGGAGAGAAUCCGACUGAAUAUAAUGUCUGCUUCUUGCCUCCGCUGGGCCUCAACUUUGAGCUUCCGGCAGACUAUCCAUCUACAUCCUCGCCAGUCUUCACUCUUAGCUCUAAAUGGAUGACCAGGGCGCAGAUGAGCUCUCUGUGCAGACGUCUGGAUGAGCUGUACGAGGAGAACCAAGGAUGUGUGAUUCUUUUCACGUGGAUCCAGUUCCUCAAAGAGCAGGCUCUGGACUUCCUGGGCAUCCAGUCCCCUCUGGAAGUCAUCAAGGGCGUCAGUAAGGCAGGCGGUGAGCGCAGGAAGGCUGACCCGCCGGCCACAGCUCUGAUGCAGUGUGGGAGUCAUUCUGAAGCUGCGGAGGAGAGGAAGAGAGACACAAAGAAGGAAAAGUCUCAACCACAACAUCCGGUGGAUCCGCGCGCCGUUUUGGUGAUGGACCCGCGCGCCGACCUCCUACCUCAGCUGCUGGACUUUGACGAGGAGCAGCGGCAGAAGGCGUUCGACAGCAAGGUGUUUGGCUGCGGGAUCUGCUUUGUGGAGAAGCUGGGCUCCAGCUGCCUCUGCUUCAAAGAGUGCCAGCACGUCUACUGCAAGGCCUGCAUGACCGAGUACUUCCAGAUCCAAAUACGGGACGGCAACGUUCAGUGCCUUAAUUGCCCUGAGCCCAAAUGUACCUCCAUGGCCACACCAUCGCAGGUCAAGCAGCUGGUGGACGAGGAGCUGUUUGCCCGUUAUGACCGUUUGCUGCUCCAGUCCAGUCUGGACCUCAUGGCCGACGUGGUCUACUGCCCCCGCCAAUUCUGCGCCACCGCUGUUAUGGUGGAGCCCGACUCCACCAUGGGGAUCUGCUCGGCGUGCCAGUACGCCUUUUGCACGCUGUGCAAGCUGGGCUACCACGGGCUCUCCCACUGUAAAAUCCCUGCAGAGGAAUUGCGUAACCUUAGAGAUGAGUACCUGUCUGCCACGAGCGUGGGGAAAAAGUUCAUGGAGCAGCGCUUUGGGAAGAGGGUGAUCCAGAAAGCGGUGGAAGAGUCCUUCAGCAGAGACUGGCUCAACGAGAACUGCAAAGGCUGCCCGCGCUGCGGGACCAACAUACAGAAAGCUGACGGCUGUAAUAAGAUGACCUGUACCUCCUGUAAACAGUACUUCUGUUGGCUGUGCCUGGGCCUCCUCAGCAAAGUCAACCCGUACAGUCACUUUAACAACCCAAAUUCAGCCUGCUACAACCAACUCUUCCAAGGUGUGGAUCUGGAUGAAGAAGAUGCCUUCUGGAGCGACGAGGAGGACUAGCGGCCGCGCGCAGCGCCUCGCCGCUGUCCGCUCCAUUUGAAAGCACUUUAUCUCCCGUAAUCACUUCACUAACACUGCGUGUGUGCGUCAGCGCCGUGGCAACAUGGGAGUAUGUUUUGGAUAUGAUCAGGCAUCUGGGGUACAAAACAUUUAAUGUCUGCGUGUAAAUUUGGAGAUGCUCAAUAUGACCGAUUUGAUGCGUGUAACAUAUUCAGGAAAGGCAAGAACAGCCUUAGCUUUAAUCUCAGAAUGUUUGAGGAACAACUGUUGACAUUUUCUUACAAACAUCAACAACACAGUUAUUGUUAGCGAAUUGUUUUAGAUAUUUAGUUAUUUCCAACUCAAAUGUAAUUCUCUACUAUAUUCUAUAUUCGAUUCCAGGUCUUGGCAUAUUUUUCAUGAGAGGAUUGGACAUUCUCCGGGCUCGUUGUGAUCGACAGGUGCCACCGGAGCCACUGAGUCAGUUUGUCGACGUGUUUGCUUACAAUUAUCUAGCAACGGGCCGUGUUGGCCCUUCUUUUUCAUAUUAAGCAUCUACCCGCUGGCACAUGUCACCACCAUGACAUUCACUCACAGGUCACUUUUCUUCAGAUCAACCCCCAGGUGGAUGAUUUAGUGAAUUUCUAAAUCCAGCUCGAAGUGAUACAUGAAUAAAUGUAGGUAGGGAAACCAGUGGAUUCAUUAUUACCGUGGUUUUGUUGUUGGUUUUGGAUUCACUGCCACAAUGGGAAUCACUUCAUUCUUUUUUUUCCCCUCUUACAGCGGGGUGUGCAUUCUAUGUCCCAAUUUGUCUUUUCCUGAUAUGAGUUGAUCCGCAGAAAUGUGCCUUUGCACUUCAUGUGAUUGAAAUGGAGAGACUAAUGAGAUUGUGUCUUCUGGGGAGUGGGUUUCAUAACUGGGUUGAGUUGCCUGUGUUUUUCCACGCCGAAAAAACAGGAGACACAGCAGUAAUUCAUGGUGGUCACCGGGGGCUGUGGUUCUGGCGGGUGUCGAGUCGUUCAGGGACGGAGGUGGAAGGAAGGAAAUCCUGACUCACUCAACAACCCUCACCUUUAGGAAGGACAUUUGAUUAGAUGUGUUCAUACCCUCCUUUGCACAACUUGUUACUUGAAUGUUGCCAAAGUUAAUCAAAGAGAGGCCAUGUGACCUUGAUAAUGUUUAGAGAAACAAACAUAUUUUGUAUAAUGUUAAUUUAUUUUCCUUUUAUCUUAUUACCUAUAUUUUUUGAAAGGAAAUGGAACUACACUGCUUUCGAAAGCACAGGCUUCUUAAAAAGUAGCGACUGUUUCAAAAGGCCGUGUUGAAAAUGCACUUGGAUUUGCUUUCCCUUCGAUGCAGAAGCCAACGUAUUCAUGGCUCACGGAGGGAACGUUUGGAAACAUGACUUGCAGAUUCAUGUUAAAAUGCAUUCGCCACCAGUUUUGUCGGAAUAAUUGUUCCCAGUUUAGUUUGUCCGGUCCUAUUUCUUCUAAGCUAAUGU